CUGCCUAGAGCCCUGGGCAACCUUGAUUUGGCUCUGCUUGUAAGGACUGCUUCUUGAGAAGCCUCUGCCCCACCUCCCAGUAUGAGAUUAGCAGCAAUCUAAGGCAAUUAGUCUGGAUUAAGGACUUGCACACAAUGCCAUGGAGAGGGAGGUGUUGGCAACAGCACCGAAAUCACAAUACACAGACAAGACAAAUCCAUCUCUCAGCAGAUAUCAGACAAUGUUCCAUCUCUUAUCUCACUGUUGGCGCUGGGUCCAGAUAAAGCAAGAGCCUAUCAGGCGUGUUACAAUUCUCUUCUUGGGUCUUGAUAACUCUGGAAAAAGCUCAGUGAUCAGAGUCCUACACAGAGUACCCAUUUGCCAUGUCUCUUCUUCAACCGAUCCACUUAGGACUGAAUUACGUCUCGACCGUUUCGAUGUCACUCUACUGGAACUUCCAGGGGGACAAAAGGCCAGGGCAAACUGGUGGCUACACUACUCUCAUGCCCAUGCAUUGAUUUUUGUCAUUGAUUCAAGUGAUCCUGGUCGCAUGGCAGAAGUAGGAAGUGCUCUUGCCAGUGUCCUAAGGCACCCACGAAUGGCUGGGAAACCCCUUUUAAUAUUGGCUAAUAAACAGGAUAAAGCCUGCUCACUCCUACCCAGCGAGAUUAUAGAGUUGCUGUCUUUAGAACCUCUCGUGAAUGAGAACAAGACCCUCUGCAGAAUCGAACCAUGCUCUGCAGCAACCGAUUUCCGCUGUGAACAUGAUUGGGCUAUACUGAAGGGACUGCGCUGGAUAUUGAGAUCUGUAACCCUCAGCUACCCCAUCCUGAGUUCUCGCGUAUUACAAGAUAUUACAGAACAGCGAGAGAGCCUGCAUUUGAGAGCUUCUGGGAGGAUACAAGAUGACAUGGCUAUACAAGGAUGUGACGUGGCACACGACAGCAUCACAGAUCUUGUGAAGUAUAAAACUUUGCCAGGGGGCAAAAAGAGAACUUUAAAACCUAUUCAAAACAUGCUGACACAGACCAGUCACAGUCUGAGCACAGUGAAGAAAAGAAAGAGAAAGGUAAGAGUGAAAGAGUCCAGUGCACCACAGGCUGUGAAGAAGAGAGAAGAUGAGAAGGAAACAGAGAGCAAGCAACGGGUAACUGAACACAGAACAUCUCCAUCCAUUACAACUCAGCACGCCCAUAUGGGACACCGAACGGUGGUCCAGCCAGAGUCACAGCAAAGCAACCAGGCAAAUGGAUCCAGAAAAAAAAAGAAAAAGAGAAAAGCCAUUCUGAAGAACCAAAUAAAGUCUCAGGAGGGAGGAGCAUGUGCAGAUGAUAUGAGUAAUACGUUUGAUCUUUACAGAAGAGCUAUGCAAGCCCUCAAACUGAAGCAGCAGCAACGAAGGGAAAGGACAGUCCGUGGGAACCAAGAAGUUAACCCUUUGCAGUGAGAAUCCAAACUUUACAGUCAUAGAAUCAGACUGUCACUCUGGAGAGAUGCACCUCAACUUGGAUUCCAUCAGUUUUAAAGGGACACAAUAGAUAUCAAAACAACUUUAGCCUAAUGAAGCAGAGUUGGUGCAUGGAUCCUGUCCCUUCAUUCUCUGCCAUUUAGGAGUUAAAUCACUUAAUUAUUUUUUUUUCCCAUG